CCCGCUCUGAGCAAGCUCCUAGCUGGAAGGUGCUCGAGUCGUGGCGCACAGCUAGGUGCAAGUUGCAAUCAAGCAAGCGGCAAGGACCAUGCAAAGAGCAAGUCGGACGAUUCGCAUUCACAUUCGCGAUUCGGAUGUUGUAAUUGUGAUGGAUGACUUCGAUCAUCUCUACGCGACUGUUGUACAGUCUCAGCGCUGCGCUCAACCAGUCAGUCGUCGAAUCGAGCCACGGACCUCCUUCGCCCCACGCAACGGCCAAGAAUGGGUCUCUUCAGCCGUCACGAUGCUCCCGAGCCCAUCGUUCCUCUGAAUCCGGUGCCCAGGGCGAUCGGAGUGCUCCCUCACUUUGCACAGCACAACCAGCAGAUGACUCUCAAGGUUCGAGAGAAGAAGGCUUCAUUCUCGGGAGACGACUUUGCUUGCACUGAUGCGACGACGAAUCAGACAGUGCUCAAGGUCGAUGGUCAUGCCUGGACCAUGCACGGCACGAAGGACAUCUACGACGCCCACGGCACAAAGCUAUUCGUUCUGAGGAAGAAGCUCCUCUCCAUGCACUUUACUUACGAAGGCCGAGACCCUUCGAGUGAAGAGGUGCUCUUCACCGUCAAGUCGUCCUUUUCGUUUGGCACCAAGCUGCACGUCAACUUCAAGAACCGUGCUUCGGGUCAAGGCGAAAAUGUCGAGCUAACGCUCAAGGGUGAUUGGUUUGAUCGCAAAGCCGAAAUCACCACGUCCGACGGCAUCCCAGUUGCUCGAAUCGGCAGGAGCUUUGUCAAUGUCGGCCAACUCUUCUUUGACCAGCAAACUUACUUCUUGAGCUGCGCAGCUGGCGUCGACAUCUCUUUGCUCCUCGCCAUCGCCGUCUGUCUGGACGAGAAGUCAAACGAGGAGAAGCACGGUUGAAGGCAGCGGAGCGCGCACUUUAGGCAGCCCCCUGCAAGCUUCCUACCGACUCGAUUUCACACCCUUGCAUUUGGAAGAGGACCAUCGAAUUGAAAUGCGAACCAAGCCUUGACGCAGUGCAAGGGAAUCCAGAAGUGUAUGGGUCCGGGUAUGGAAAGAAUGUGCAUCAAGGCUUCUGCGUAUGUACAGUGCUUUGAAGAAGUGAGCGUGGAUUAUGAGGAGGGUAAAUUGAGAGAUUCACAUUCGAGCC